CGCUCGGCGGGCAGCCCCGCCCCGCUCCCCCCGGGCGGCGGGGCCAGUGGGCGGGGGCCGGGCGGAGCGGGGCGCACGGCGCGGCUCGGCACGGCUCGGCGCGGCUCAGCUCCGCUCUCCUCUCCCGCCAUGGCAUCCAAGUGCCCCAAGUGCGACAAGACCGUGUACUUCGCCGAGAAGGUCUCCUCCCUGGGCAAGGACUGGCACAAGUUCUGCCUGAAGUGUGAGCGCUGCAACAAGACCCUGACUCCGGGCGGACACGCCGAGCACGAUGGGAAGCCCUUCUGCCACAAGCCCUGCUAUGCCACGCUCUUCGGCCCCAAAGGGGUGAACAUUGGUGGCGCUGGAUCCUACAUCUAUGAGCAGCCGCAGAUUGAGGGGCAAACCGCUCCGGGACCCAUCGAGCACCCGGUGAAGGUGGAGGAGAGGAAGGCGAACGCUGCGCCUCCCAAGGGACCCAGCAAAGCCUCCAGUGUCACCACCUUCACUGGGGAGCCCAACAUGUGCCCACGCUGUGGCAAGAGAGUCUACUUUGCUGAGAAGGUGACUUCUCUGGGGAAGGACUGGCACCGUCCCUGCCUACGCUGCGAGCGCUGCAGCAAGACACUGACCCCGGGGGGCCAUGCCGAGCACGAUGGACAGCCGUACUGUCACAAGCCCUGCUAUGGGAUCCUGUUCGGGCCAAAAGGCGUCAACACCGGAGCUGUGGGAAGCUACAUCUAUGACAAAGACCCUGAGGCGAAGAAUCAGCCCUAGACGGUGACCCCCUGCCCAGCGCCUGCUCUGUGCCCCCGUACUAACCUCCUGCUCACAGCCGGAGCAGACCCUCGCCAGGCUGGCCACGGAGCUGUGCUCUCUCUGCUGUCCCUACUCACGGCAGGACAGCCCUGCCCCCGGGGUUAUAUAUCAUAGUCUCUACUAUAAGCUUCAGUGUUUAAAGGCAAAGGUAAAAGGUGUCUCAGGUGGUUCCCAAUGUGCUCUGCCCUCAAAAGCCCUCUCACCAACCCCCUCAAGCACAGGAGGCAAAGGGGCAAGUCUGGGGAUGUCACUGUGUGCAGGGGACAGCGGGUGGCACCCGAGGGGCUGAGAGCAGGGGGAAGGUGGUGGCAGGAAUCCCACUGUGAGAGGGUGCUCCCUGCUGCCUCUCACAUGGAGGGCACAGGCUGCUGAGCCCAACGGGCACCCAGCCCUGUUCCUUACCACCCACUGGGCACGUGUGGAUCCCCUGAGGGCUCUGGCACAUCUGACAGUGCUGCCCUUCUCCUGGCCCUUCCCAGGCUCCAUGUCCUGGCUCUCACUCUCCCCAGGGCUCAAAGUUGACCCCAGCUGAUGCUGGGGUUGCAGGCUCUGGCACCUCUCCACAUUCCUAUCCUUGCAUCCCCAGGACAUCCUUCUACAUGCAGCCGGGCAGGUGCCCAACCUGCUCUGCUGGCUGGUUUGGGUUGGUGGUCGCCAACAGCCUGGUCCCCCAUGGCAGCAGAGUCUGUGCUGGGGGGCACCCAGCAUCUGCAGCCCCAGGGGAGUGGGCUGCUUCCCACAUGUGGAGGGCAGAGCACAUUGGGCUGGUGGCUCUGCAGCAGGACACCUGCCUGCUUCCCAGAGCUGGAGGUUUCUCAUUGUUGUUGUUUAUUUAUAAGCAGUUGUAAAUGUGCCCCUUGCUUUGGAGAAUGACACAUGCCCCCAGUUUCACCCAUCCCCCCUGUGCACACCCAGCCCCACUGCUACCCAGGAGGCUGGGGAGGGGUUGGUGCAGGGGACCUGCCAGGGCAGUGAGCCCUGGGGUGCCAGCACCCCCGCUCUCUCCAGGCUCCCUGUGCCGCUGCAGGACUGACUUUUGUUAUUUGCUGACAAUAAAGGUUUUCAGAAAUGUGA